AUGGAUCAAGAAAUCAGAAUUGGUUUGAAGGGAGAGGAAGGAGGCAGAGAAGAUAUAGCAAAGGAAAAAGACCGGCAGCAAGGUACGGGAUCGUGCAAAGUAACAAAUGAGGUGAAUCAUCGCAAUGGAGGCCCACUGCUCAGCCUACCGAGAGAGCUUCGUGAUGAGAUCUAUGGCUAUCUCCUCGCCUCUGGUCAUCUCCAAGUACUAAGAACCUCUCGUCAACUCAGCCAGGAAGCGCAGGAGUCCCUAUAUCCCAAGGCCAUAUUCAGGAUGUAUGUGAAUUCCACAGAUGGUUCUCGCAACAUCAAGCCAAGCGAAAACGUGGCCGAUCAGAUUCAGAACAUAAAACUUCAAUGGGACCUGUCCGACCACGAUUGCUCACGCAAUGCCCACGAACUCAUUGACUUCUGCCACAAACAAGGAGAAAUGCGAAUGACGUGUCAUGUCAUACUUUUAUUUGGCGUACGGCGAGCGGCACUUCUAAACGCCAACGACAUCUCCGCCCUACGGAGUUCGAGAGUAUUCCGAAAUGUGGUCCUAGAGACUAUUAUCAAGGACUCGACGCAGGAAAUACCGAGCGGCCGUCGUGCUAAAUUGCGAAGUCGAAUCCUCAGCAUGUUCAGAGUACUAAGUGAUGAGCUGGGACUAACUUUGGGACCUGCAGACCACAGGGGAGAUGUAGAUGCACGGCAUCUAGUCUUUCAUCCUCCCAAGAUGUUGGGAACCCGUUUUGAUGAGCUUCCACCUUCAAAUACGGCUUAUUCUUGGUAG